AUGAAGGUAUCUAGGGAAUCGAUUAUCUACGAGGACAUUAUCUCUGGCGACGAGCUCUUCUCCGAUGCUUUUGAUCCUAAGGAAGUUGGUUCCACUUACGAGAUCGACUGCGCCAUGAUCAAGGUCAAAGCCGGUGCUGAUGUCGAUAUUGGUGCCAACGCCUCCGCUGAGGAGGCCGAGGAGACUCUUGAGGAUGGUGAGGCGAUGGUCAACAAUGUCGUUUAUUCCGGCCGUCUUCAGCAGACCAGCUUCGACAAGAAGGGCUAUACUGUCUACAUGAAGGGUUAUAUGAAGGCCAUCAAGGCCAAGUUGGCUCUCGACGAGAAGGCUGGCAAGGAGUUCGAGUCCGCUGUCGCUACUGACUUCAAGAAGAUUCUCGCCAACUUCAAGGACUAUGAGUUCUACACCGGAGAGUCCAUGAAUCCCGAGGGCGCUGUCUUGCUCCUCAACUACCGUGAGGAUGGUACCACUCCUUACUUCACUGUCUUUAAGCAUGGUCUCAAGUCCAGGAAGGUCGUAAGUGGCCGAGCUUUUAUUGCUUAA